AUGCUUUCCGCAUGCAUCAACCCCCUCUCAACCCAGCCCAUGUGGAUUCUUCUUGUCUCGUCCCUUGGUUUUCUCUCCUUCCUCAAAACCUCAUUCCCUCUUCUCAGGUGGGUGUAUGCAACAUUUGUCAGACCAAAAAAGAAUCUCCAACACUAUGGCUCGUGGGCUCUUAUCACUGGAGCCACAGACGGAAUAGGCAAAGCCUUUGCUCACCAGCUAGCUCAAAAGGGUAUAAACCUAAUAUUAGUGAGUAGAAACCCCAACAAGCUUAAAACAGUCUCGAGUGAAAUCCAAGCUGAACAUCCUGGCACCAAGAUUAAGACGGUGGUGUUUGAUUUUUCAAGCGAAGUUUCAACUGGCACUGUCCAAUUAAUAAUAGAAAAGGCCAUAGAGGGGCUAGAUGUUGGUGUGUUGAUCAAUAACGUGGGAAUCACGUACCCUGCAGCCAGGUUUUUCCACGAGGUCGAUGAGAAAGUUUGGAUGGAUAUUGUUAGAGUGAAUUUGGAGGGCACUAGCAGAGUUACUAGAGCAGUUUUACCAGGGAUGAUUCAAAGGAGAAGAGGUGCCAUUGUUAAUAUGGGCUCUGGAGCUUCUAGUGUCAUGCCUUCGCAUCCUCUCUUCACAGUCUAUGCUGCUACCAAAGCUUACAUUGAUCAAUUAUCAAGAUGUCUGGAGUUGGAGUACAAACGUUGUGGAAUUCAUGUACAAUGUCAGGUACCACUGUAUGUUGCAACAAAAAUGACUUCAAGAGUAGCUUUGAUUCAGAGAUCAUCCUUGUUCAUACCAUCACCAGAAGAUUAUGCAAAGGCUGCGAUUGGUCGAAUAGGCUAUGAAGCGCAGUGCGCUCCCUACUGGGCUCACUCGUUUCAAUGGUUCUUGGCUUGCUUGCUUCCAGAGUCUGUUCUUGAUGCUUGGCGUCUCUCUAUUGGCAUCCACCGAAGAGGAAAGCUCAUUGCGUGA